GCGCGUAAAAGAUGCAGCGCUAAAGGCGCCUCCCUUCUUCCCCACGGAGCUCGAGCCUCUCCGCGAUCCGUUGCUCUGGCCUGGCUCGGCGAUCUCCGGCACGGCCUGGCUCCACCCCGGAACCCGGAAGUGGGGCUAUUCGGUCCUCGCGGGCCGGGGAGCCUGCACCGUUGCCAUGUCGACGGCGAUGAACUUCGGGAGCAAGAGCUUCAAGCCGAAGCCGCCGGACAAAGGCGCCUUCCCCCUCGACCACUUCGGUGAAUGUAAAGUCUUCAAAGAAAAAUAUAUGACGUGUCUGCGGGAGAACAGCUUUGAGAACAACUUGUGCAGGCAGGAAUCAAAGGAAUACUUAGAAUGCAGAAUGGACAGGCAACUGAUGGCCAGAGAACCACUGGAAAAACUGGGUUUUAAAGACCUCGUGGAAGAGAAGUUUGAAGCCAAGAACGAGAAGGUGUAAUGAAGGAAAGACAAUUUUUGGCUGCCUUUGAUGGAAUUUAACAUCUGCAACAGAUCAUAUUGUAUUUUUGGGGUGGGUGGGAAUACUUCUGGGGGCCAUUUGUUUCAAAAGAAAAUACUGAAACAGUCACCCCAGUGAAACAUUGCCCAAGAAUGAGGUGGAGAGUGAAUCUUCCUUGGAGGUUCAGAUUUCUACUUUGUGCUCCAGCUCUUGUUCCACAAUAGGGCCUGAGGAUUUGCUGAAAUGCCCGGGACAGAGGAGCUGUAUUCUCUUGCACUAGCUGAACAUGGAAGGGUCAGACUGCUGGCUUACAACGAUCCUUGCAAGUGUGCCUUUGACAACAAUGCACAUAAAUAACAAUCUACCAGUCUUCUCAGUGGCAGAGGCUUCUCCCCGAAAUGGCUGUAUGAAUCUUAAGCAUAGGUGCUUAGAACUUGGUUUCCAGUAGAACUUCUGUUUAAGCAGAGGCAUUCGGAGACAACAUUGUACAUAAAGGGUAGUUGCUUUGUGAGCUAUUUUUGGGGGGAAAUAAAUCUUCGUCUUUUUUAUUACUGAA